AUGACUAAGGAAACUCACGUCUUCAAUAGACUUCAGGUCUCUUGUGCCCAGGUAAACCAGUGUUCGUACCUGAACUGGUACCCAUACUUUAAGCAACACGCCACUGAAGCUAAAGUGCUCAAACCCCUUCCCCAAGCGUUCCUAGAUUACCUAAGCGCAGACAGCAUUAGGCUUCCAACGUCUGCCAGCGUCCAGCGAAAUGAUGAAAACGAGUACAGUGAUUGGGAAGAUGAUGAAUCAAGCUAUAAUGGAAACCCUGUUGAACAUUUCCAAGAAUUCCAUGAAAAACUAAAAGAAACAGUUGAUGGCUAUGGCAGAGUGCUUGUUAAGACGAAUUGGACAGCUGGAAAGGAUGCUAAAUGGAUAUUGAUCAACAACUCAUUGCAGUGCACAUCUGUGAAUGAUGUAUAUUUGCUUCUUAAUGCUUCAGAUCAUAUUGCACACGAUCUUGACCGCCAUAUCUAUGACGACUGUGAAGACAAAGACGAAGGUCCCUAUAUUGAACCUGAAUUGGUUGUCAAGAAAUGGAUCAACGACUUUAACCCAGCAUUGGAAUUCAGAAUCUUCAUUAAGGAUAAGAAGAUUCUCGGGGUUUCUCAAAGAGACCCUGGCCAUUAUAUCUACUUGGAAGACUUGAUCCCUCAGUUGAAGGACGUGAUCCACGAUUUCCACGCUGAGGUGAUUUCCGGAUCAGCAUUCCCACUUCGUGAUUACAUCCUCGAUGUCUACGUUCCAAGGCCAUAUAAGAAGGUUUAUGUCAUUGACGUUAAUCCGUUUGUGAGAAAAUGGGACCUGCUUUUGUUUACAUGGCAUGAACUUCUCGAGAAGGACAAUGAUGGCAAAUUUGAAUUAAGGGUUAUUACGGAGACCAACAUGGGACAUUUGUCUCGGAAAGACAACAGUGAGAGUCAGGUGCCAAUUGAAGUUGUUGGUGCUGCCAACGACAGUCAAGCCAUGGUAGAGCUCGCCAGAGAGUGGUCUGCCUUGACCAGACAAGCCGAAGACGCUGAGACGUAA